UUCAUUAAACUUUCAAAGGUUAAAAAAAUACUUAUGAAAAAUUGCAAUAAUAUUUGUAAUCUUUUUUAAUCAUUAAACUUAAACUCUUGGCUAUAAGUAUUUUCAUUAUUUCAAGUAGUUUAUAUAAUUUCCCAAUAUUUACAUUUUGUUAUUAUUUAUCAAUAUAAAGGAAACGUUUUUCAGACAAACAAAUUAGAUAAAUAUCGUAAAAGAAGAAGAGAUUUAAAAUAAUUAAAAAAUUGCUUAAUAUUGAAUAGUGUUGUAAUAUUGUAUAAUAAAUAGUGUUGCAUUGUAUAGUAAUUAUUUUACAUAAGAAAUAAUUAUUUACAAGUAAAAGUAUCCCUGUUCAGAAUACAAUACAGUAAUUAUUUUAACACAUUAUCAAAUUGCUACAAUUAAUUUAUUGCUAAAAUUAACAUGUUAUCUAACAUUGUUAUUGCAUUCCCACACCAUCAGUCUCUAAAAUUAGUCAUAUAAGUAUUAGUAGUUUCUAUCUAUAUCUCGCACGAGUAAACGUGAUACAAUACAAGGCACUCAACUUUUAAAUCUCACGAUUGUAUAAUCAAUUUCUUAUUGACUACCAUUCUGCUACUGUCAUUAUGAGCAAUGUUAAACUUUGUAUUCCUACAUCAUAAACUCGAUUUAAUUGUUUGAUUAUUCUACACUGAGUCGAUUAAAAAAGAAUUUCAUUGAGUAAAUAUUGUUUAAAUGAGCUUGGAGAACGGUUUGGACUUAUUAGUUUGCCGAUGAUGAUUAUUUAGAAAGAUACGAUAUUAUUUUUCCUGUGGAGCUAUUUUCGUCUAAUCAUCUAAAAAUUGAACAAGAUAUGCCAAUCCAAUAUUCUUUUAUUGCCGACAGCAGUUGACUAUGAUACUCUUCUGAACGAACUACACCUUUUUAAAAUUCUAAUAAAGAUCAAUUAUGAUGAAAACAUAUGAUAUUUUGUAUCUCUUAGUAGAGAUAUUAUUAGUUAUUUUGAAAAUUACAUAUUAUAUUUGUGAGAAUAUAUACACAACAAUUGUUCCACCGAAGAAAAAGAGCGUAACUGGUGAAAUCGUUUUGAUAACAGGAGCAGCUCAUGGUAUAGGAAAGGAAUUAGCAAUUGGAUAUGCUUCAUUAGGAGCAACAGUAGUAUGUUGGGAUAUUAAUGAAGAAAACAAUAAUAAAACACUAAAUGAUAUUAAAAACAUGGGAAGAACCUCUGUGUAUGCAUAUCGGUGUAAUGUAGCAAAUAGAGAAGAAGUCUUUAAAGUAGCCGAGAAAGUAAAAAAAGAAAUAGGCGACGUUACUAUCUUGAUCAAUAAUGCCGGUAUAGGGUUUGCAAAAUCAUUCCUAAAUCACAGUCUCGAUGAAAUUGAGCGAAUCACAAACAUCAAUCUAACAGGGCAUUAUUGGACGUUGAAAGCAUUCUUACCAAGUAUGAUUGAAAAGAAUCAUGGUCAUGUUGUAGCACUCUCGUCAGUAGCAGGACUUGUAGGCAGUCCUUAUGGGACGAUUUACUGCCCUUCGAAAGUUGCAAUCAAAGGACUAAUGGAAGCUAUAUCUGAGGAAUUACGUGUAUUAAGUCAUGGAAAGUCCUCUGUUAAAUUCACUACUAUUUAUCCGUCUCUAGUGCUUACUGGACUUGUUAAAAAGCCAAAAAUUAGGUUUCCGUGGUUAAUGAGAGGUUAUAAACCACAAGAAGCAGCUUCGUUAAUAAUUGAUGCGCAAAGACGAAAUUAUGAAAAUAUAACUCUACCUUGGUUUUGGCUACCAAUAAUAAAGAUUAUAAGAAUUUUACCGGACAACGCAAUAAAGUACAUAAUGGAUUUCAUUGGCAUAGGCGUUUAUCCAGACGAUUAGAAAGUAAAGGAAUGAUGUCAAUACCGAUAUACUAUUUUUAUAUUUGUACUUAAUCGUAUUUUUUAAGUAAAAACUAAAAAUAACUUUAAAAAUAUAAA